GGGACAAAAAUUCCAAAAUAAACGUGAAAAAGCUCCAAUCGAAUGCAAUUAGGUAUCAAUGGCGGAACCGUUGUCUUCUACCUCAGCAGAAACCACAACACCACCACCGCCACCAGCACCAGAGUCCAACUCUUUACAGUCCGAAUCCGUUAGUCCCAACACACAACUCGAUUCAUCGGUACCUAAGCAGUCCUCAAUUCUUCCUCCAAACCCUAAUCCGAACCCAAACCAAACCACACCCCCGCCGCCGCCGCAGACUUCACUCAUAGCUCCGCCUUCGAUCCAGCCCGGUGCUGUUGUUCCGCCAACUGCACCUUCCUUCCGUCCUGCAACCACUCCUUUACCUCAGUUCUCGCCAAUUCCUCUCAACCCUGGUUAUCAGGCACCCGUUGGGGUGCCGCCUCCGGGUGUGAGCGCACUGCCUCAGUUUCCUGGCAUGUUGCCGCCGCCGCCGCCGCCAUCUGUUACGGGGGCGGGGCAGGUUCCGGUGGCAUCAUCUGUUCCUCCAGUUAUUCCGCCGCUUUCUUAUGCUCCCCAAGGCCAGCCAAUUAGGGCUCCGUAUGCACCUCUGCCGAAUGGUUACCCGGCUUUCCCCCAGUCUGCUCCUCAGGGCGUCAUUCCUCCUCCGGGAAUUCUUCGUUAUCCGUCUCCUUUUGCACCUAUGGCUCGACCAGCAUAUCCUACACGUCCACUGGCUGCAGGUGGCGUCAUCCCCCCACUGCCUCGUCCUCCUGUUGCUGGUCCUCGAGCUCCAAUCAUUCCUGCUGUUGUUCGGCCGGCUGUUGUCCCAAGUGUUGCAUCCACAGAGAAGCAAACAACUCUUUAUGUGGGCAAGAUAGCUUCAACAGUGGAAAACGACUUCAUUCUUUCUCUGUUGGAAUUAUGUGGGCCUGUGAAGAGUUGGAGACGUCCUCAAAAUCCUACGGAUGGAACUUUUAAAGGUUUUGGAUUCUGUGAAUUUGAGUCUGCUGAAGGGGUUCUUCGUGCAAUUCGGCUUCUCAGUAAAUUAAACAUUGAUGGACAGGAGUUGAUGUUAAACUAUAAUCAAGCAACUCGGGAUUAUCUAGACGAUUUUGUUCGAAAAAAACGAGAAAGCUUGAAGAAUGUCAAUGAAACUGAAACCGAAAGUAGUACCGAGAGCACAAAGAGAGGUGGAGUUUUAUCUGCUGAUAAACAGAAAGAUGCGUCAAAGCCCUCUUUGGAAUCACCAAAGUCUGCUACAGGAGAUUCAGAAAAAGAUGACAAUAACACAAAGAAUGAUGAGAAUAGGGAUGCUUCCAGCUUUGGCCUUGUAACUGAUGAAGAUAGAAAAGGUGAUCAAGAGGCUUUGGAGAAGCUCACGGGCCUGAUAGAGGAGAGGUUGAAAAGCAGACCUUUACCUCCACCGCCUCCUCAGAUUGCUGCUGAUGGUUCAUCUAACUCCAACUUGGAAGGUUCUGCUAGAUCAAAGGAUGGAGAAAUGGAUGCAGAUACUACAAAAGCUGAUGCUGUUGAAGACAAAUACGAAAAUGAGAUGCCCAGUGAAAGCAAACCAUCAGGAGAGCAGGAUAGAUCUGAAACAAGUUCACCGCCACCGGAUCGUGAAAGAAGGCAUGAUAGGAGAAGCAGAGACCGUGACCGAGAACUCAAGCGAGAAAAGGAGAAAGAACUAGAAAGGUAUGAGAGAGAACGUGAACAAGAACGAGCUAAGCGAGAGAAGGAGAGAGAAUAUAGAAUACGGGAUGAUGAGCGUAGGUUUAAGGCACGUGAAAAAGAGUGGGAAGCUAGAGAAAAAGAGCGAGAACACUGGCGGAAGAGAGAAAGAGAGAGGGAGAAGAACAGGGCACAGGAGCGCAAAUCAGAGAUAGCAAAUCAAGAGCGUGAAAGAGAUGAUGGUUAUAGCAAGAAGAGGAAGUAUAGGGAUAGUGAGGAGGAAAGGAGGAGGAGACAAAGGGAAAAGGAAGAAGACAUGGCUGAUAGAUUGAAAGAAGAAGAAGAGGUUGCUGAGGCCAAGAGGAUGGCUGAGGAAGAGUGGAAGAAGAAAGAACAGGAGGAGGAAUUAAGGCUUUUAUCUGGCAAUGGACGUGAUGGAAGUGUUUUACCUGAAGAAAACAAUUGUGGAAGCAAGGAUAAGGCCAUUGAAGGGACUUCUGAUGAUGAUUUAGUUGUGAAUAAUGGUAUUGUGUUAGGUGAUGGGACUGUGCAAAAUGGUAUUGCUGAUCUGUCAUUGAUGGCUUCUCUUUCUACAAAUGAUGCACGGCAAAAUAGCAAUGCUCCAUCUAGAAAAUUGGGCUUUGGUCUGCAAGGAUCGGGGAAAAGAACCACUGUUCCUUCUGUAUUUGACCAAGAUGAGGAUGAGGACAUGCACAAGGAAAAGAAGAUGAGACCUCUAGUUCCAAUUGAUUACUCAACAGAGGAACAGCUGGCUAUCCACUCAUUAGUUUCUGAAGCACCACCACCUUCUAAUUUGGCAGUGGCAACAGAGUCUGGAAGACGCAUAUCAAAUAAUAAUUCUAAGGAUGAGAAGCCUGAUUUGGAAAAGGAAAAAUGUAGGAGGUCUCAUGAUAGAUCAAGCCAGAGGGAUAGGGACAGAAAUGGCGAUGAUUUUACACGCACCAGAGAAGAAAGUAGGAAAGAGAGUUUGGACCGGGACAGGGUACGAGAACCUGGACUUGAUAAAGUGAAGGCCCCAGAUAAUCAGAAGCUCUUGGAUGCCAAACAGUUGAUUGAUAUGAUUCCAAAGACCAAAGAUGAGUUAUUUUCGUAUGGGAUAAACUGGGCAACUUAUGAUAAGAAUGCGUUGCAUGAGAGAAUGAAACCUUGGAUCUCUAAGAAGAUUACAGAAUUUCUGGGAGAGGAAGAGCCCUCAUUGGUAGAGUACAUAAUGUCCAGCACCAGGGAACAUGUAGAGGCAACUGAGAUGUUGAAUAGGCUCCAGGCUAUAUUAGAUGAGGAAGCUGAAAUGUUUGUGCUGAAGAUGUGGAGGAUGCUAAUAUUCGAGAUUAAGAGAGUAGAAACGGGUCUGGCUUUGCGGUCUAGGACAUGAUUUAGGAUGGGCUAAAGCACGUGUUGUUAAUCUUGAGGAUGGUCCCUUCUGCCAGACUGACUUUGUUUAGCGUUAUAUUCUCGAAGUCCAUCUUGCACUACUAGCAGGCAGAUGGUAUUCUACAUCGAUAUCUAUAUGCUACUUGCUAAGAUAAAAGGGCGGGAUGUCAAGCCGACGCUCGUUGCCAGUAUCUUCGUAACCUCUUUGUUAAAUGCAUUCACAAUUUUUCCAUGUUUGUUUAGCCGCUGCUAUGCCUUCGUCGUUAAAUGUAAUUCACAUUUACCCCAUAUUUGUUUAUUUUCUACUAUGGAAGCUUCUCCUAAAGCAAGGCUAUAAUGUACUUUUACCGGUUAGUCUAUGGUUUGCUUCUUCACAGAAUUAGCUGAAGCAUACUGAACUAUUCUACG